AUGUUUCGCCCUUGGAUCGACGAGCUCGAUCCGCUCCCUGAAGACCCAGGCUUCGAACUCCGCUUGGAUAGCGAUGGCCGGGUAAAAUGCGACGAUAUCAAACAACUUUACGCCGAUUGGUAUUCCAAGCACGAAAAGAGAAUGACGCUUGAGGAACGCCAACACGCGCAGUAUGCGUAUGACCACCUAAUCCCUCCAGACCUUAUUACCAGAAGGGUUGAGUCUGCCCCCUCGGAGCAUCACCUGCACCGAAUCUUCCUUACAAAGAACUACUACGACUACACGUACCCCAUCUUUGCCGCACUGAGGCUCUACUACGUUGAGCAACACAAAGACAAUGGCUUCCACGGACAGCAUCACUUGAAAGCGCUGACCACAUUCAAGCGCGGGAGAGCAGCAAAGCUCAUUGCGCAGCGGUACAAUCUGGGCGGUAACGAAGACACGUUUUGGGGUGACUUUAAAGAAACAUUUCCAGGCCAAUGUCCCCCACGACCAGAGAGCUGGCCAUGCAUCGACUUUACCGGGGCUCAAGACAUCUUGGCAGAGAGGGAAGCAUCCGUCAUUGACCUCGUAAGCAGCGACGACGAGGAUGAGAAUAACAGUGGGAUCGCUGAAGCUGUCGGCAUGGCAUUCUCUCCUCCUACCACCAGCAAGGCAGACAUCAUGGAGCAGGGGAAGAGAUGGAUGGAAUCGAAUUGGUCGGACUGUUUCGAGACUACGGGUACGGCUUGGCCCAUCAAGCCGACUGGAGUUGGAGAUGUCCAUGUCGACUACAAGAAAAGCUGCAAGCGACCGCAAGGUGAUGAUGCAGUCAUUGAGGGAGAGCAGGGGACAGGCGCGGAAACGCCCAGCCCAGAGAAGAAGCCCAGGAAGGCUAUGAAGAUGAUCAAGAGACGUCUGAAGGAAGCGGAGAACAAGAUCACCCAAUUUGAACAGCGUGAGCAUGCGACGCAGACGGCGCUGGAGGAGGUCAAGCGUGAACUAGAAGCGCAAAAGGCGACUGCCGCUGAGCUCAAGCGAUCUGUUCAGCAUGGCAGCAAGAUGCAGCUGAGGGUGGCUCUGAUGGACAUGGCUCGAAGACUUGGUGUUGAAACCUUGGCAUGA